UUGUAUGUGCAGACGCAGCCAAUCUCUUCCUCAUGACGCCACCGAGGUUGGGCUCAGAGGGCUUCGAUCAUAAUAUUUAACACACCCACCCUAGAUGGGCACUUGGAAGGAAGACAAGGCAGUGCUGAGAGGAGAAAUCAUAACCAGGAACCCCACACCUGCCAGCCAGCCAGCCAGCCGGCCAGCCAGUCUCCGAUUUGACUUCAGCGGGCGUUUGCGGACAGCAGCAGCUUUGUCAAGAAGCGGGGCAUCAUCCAAGCAUCUUGCUGCGGAUCACCUGUUAUUUUGGGGGAAUUUUUUUUAUUUACAUUUCUGCUUAUAAAUGCAUUCGAAAUAUUAGGAAGCGUGUGUUUUUGUGGACUACGUUAUGUCAGUCUCUCCUGUUACUUUCCUCUGAAAACAGUUAUGACGCGUUUGACAUCUCACUCCGUGCUGGCAGCGACACGAGGAAGCAGGUUUGAAGAAGACUGUUGAUGCUUUUAACAGGACCCCCACUCCCUUCUCUUAGCCUAGGAUACAUCUGCUGUGAGAUUUAUUUAGUCACUCGUCCUCCUGACACUGUAGGCUAUCCUGUUCAACAAGGCAAUGAAUGAAGAGCACUUCUUGAGCCAGCAAAGUGUCCGGUUUUCACACUGUGUUGGUCUUUCCACCAGUCUGGGAAUGAAUAAUUGGGACUAUUUAAAAUAUUAAACACCGCACAUAUCAUGGGCUUUUUAAACAUAGGCUGACGGUCAUUAUGUGUGGAGCGAUCGUAGAAAAUUCCCAAACUAACAUCGUUGUCUUGUCUUCAGAAAACAGUGUUAGACAUCAAUGUCGGUGCUGUAGCUAAGGUGCGCGUAAAGCUUGCUAUAAAUAUAUACAUAUAUGCUAAAGAUGAUAUUGUUUCGUAAAUUCAGAGUACUGAUACUUAUGGUGUUUUUGGUUGCGUGCACCAUGCACAUCAUGAUAGACUUGUUACCAAAACUAGAGAAGCGGGCGACGGGAGCGGAGCGCGGGGACGGCGGCUGUCAGUGUGCACACCACACGGGUGGGGAGUCGCAGGGCUGGGGCAAGCAGCGCGCCAGAACGGCGGCUGAAGCGGGCUGGCCUAACAAGCACACGCUGAGAAUCCUGCAGGAUUUCAGCAAUGAACCGAGCUCCAACCUCACAUCACACUCCCUGGAAAAGAUCACGGCCGCCGGGGACAAAGCGGAAUCCUUCAGGCGGAUGAGAACGUCGGCGGGGCAGGCGGAGGACCACAAGCCACUCAUCGGAGACGCGAGCGGGGGUCGUACCGUUCCUUCCCAUGCUGUCUCACGACUUUCUCGCCUGUUUGAGCAUCCUUUAUACAAGGUUGACCCCCCUGCUCUCACGGACGAUGACACUUUGUUUAACGUCAACAACGACAUCAGGUUUUAUCCCAGAGCGACAGGGAACCAAGGAUGGCACAAUGAGGAGGGAAACGAGGAUGAAGAGGAGUUCUCUCCAACUGAAGAGGUGACAGCAGAAUCUUACCCCAACUGGUUGCGAUUCCACAUCGGGAUCAACCGUUAUGAGCUGUACUCCAGACACAGCCCUGUGCUGGAUGCCCUAUUGAAAGACCUGGUAACACAGAGGAUCACCAGCGUAGCCAUGAAAUCAGGAGGCACCCAGCUGAAGCUGAUCAUGACUUUCCAGAACUAUGGACAAGCGCUGUUCAAGCCUAUGAAGCAGACGCGGGAGCAGGAAACGCCUCCAGAUUUCUUCUACUUCUCUGACUUCGAGAGGCACAAUGCUGAGAUCGCUGCUUUUCAUUUGGACAGGAUUCUUGACUUCCGGAGAGUGCCCCCGGUGGCAGGAAGACUUGUCAAUAUGACGAGAGAAAUCAGAGAUGUGACACGUGAUAAGAAGCUGUGGAGGACCUUCUUCAUCUCACCAGCCAAUAAUGUCUGCUUCUACGGGGAAUGCUCUUACUACUGCUCCACUGAGCAUGCUCUGUGUGGCAAACCGGACCAAAUUGAAGGCUCUCUCGCAGCCUUCCUGCCAGAUCUAAACCUAGCCAAACGCAAGACCUGGAGAAACCCCUGGAGGCGCUCCUACCACAAACGCAAGAAAGCAGAGUGGGAGGUGGAUCCAGAUUACUGUGACGAGGUGAAGCAAACACCUCCAUAUGACCGUGGCACUCGACUGCUGGACAUCAUGGACAUGACCAUCUUUGACUUCUUAAUGGGUAAUAUGGAUCGUCAUCAUUAUGAAACCUUUGAGAAGUUUGGAAACGACACCUUCAUCAUUCACCUUGACAAUGGAAGAGGGUUUGGAAAGCACUCCCAUGAUGAGCUCUCCAUCCUGGUACCUCUCAGCCAGUGCUGCAGGGUGAGGAAGUCAACUUACCUGCGUCUCCAGCUGCUGGCCAAAGAAGAGUACCAACUGAGCUCCAUGAUGGAGGAGUCCCUGCUGCAUGACCGCCUGUCCCCUGUUCUCAUUCAGCCUCAUCUUCAGGCCAUGGACCGCAGGCUCCGGCUGGUGCUGCAGGUUGUGGCUGGCUGCAUAGAGAAAGAAGGAUAUGUUAAUGUUGUGGAGGAAGAUCUAGUUGGGGACACGACCACCCACAGGGGCCCAGGCCACAGGUAGUGAGGGCGAGGCACUGACACCAAUGGACCGUGGCUGUUCAACCAAUGAGAUCACACACACACAAAAAAAACCCUACUUCUGAUAUCAAGCUGAAUUCAGUGAAUUCCAAGACUUGCCAUCAUUGCCUAUAUGGAAACUGCUUUUAAGUGUGUUUAUAUAGAAGAAACUGUCUACAAAUACCACGAAAGACUGUGCACACACAGCACUUUGUGUUUGGUAGAUGCAGAUGUAUUUUGGUUUUAUCACAUGUUGUAUGAGGCAUUAAGGAACCACUGCUGUGUUCUGCCUUUGUCCAAUUUGGUCUGAGUAUGGAGGGUAUCGGUUUGUUUUGUGUGUUUUAUUAUAUUAGAACAUAACCAAAUGAGAGCCUACACUGACUGGGGACUACAUUUUCAGACAAUAAGCUUUAUGACUAAUGACAGUGUAUGAAAAUGUUUUAUUUGCAAAACAUGUCAGAAUUCAGUGUUUUACAUUGAACGGUACCAAGAAUAAGUCUUUCUUGACACAAACGACUUACAACCAGGAGAAUAUUAAGGUUUCCACAAAAUAUGCUCUCUUUAGAAUCUAUAUUUUUAAGGUUUUUGUCUUGGCACAGGCUUACAACAGGCUGACUGAGAAUCUUGUUACUUACAGCUGAGCAGCAUAAAUCUGAGUGCAAGUAUUUCACACUGUAGUUCAAACAGUACCUUCACAUUGCCUUAUUUCAGCUUUGUGUAGUUUUUUUUUCCUCCCAUGACAGUUAAGCUUGCACUACAUAUAGCACAAUACAACAAUAAAAUAAUAUUUACCAAAAAAAAAAACAUUUUAACUUCAAAAGUUAAGACUGGACACCACACUGAUGUCAUGGUCAGUUGCAUCAAAUGAGCCAUUCGUAGAAGCAGUCGAACGUAACAUCACAAUUUCUGUACUGCAAACAUGUCAGAGUUUGAGCAUCAUUUGAUUUUAUGUGAUUUCGUGUCCAAAUAAGCCUUUAUCUGCGCAUCACAGAAACUUUUUUCCAUUCCGGUUUUGUUUCGUGUUGCAUUCAGUUGGAAAAUUAUUCACCAAGAUACUUUUUGCAUUUGGGUACCAUUUGAAUUGGCAUUCUUUUGUGUAUUUUUGUUAAGAUUAUAGAAACAACCAAUCAAGUUGCUGAUGUGGGGCCAGUAGAAUUUUCUAUUUCCUUCUAAGAGUCCUCUGUAUUGGCUAACCCAGUACCUGUGCAAUGACAGAAAUACAGUACUUGAAUGUUUUUGGGUUGGCAGUACGGACAGGAUUCACGGAACUACUAAAUCCUGAGUGGCUGAUGUCGAGUCUGAGAAAUGCUUGGCGGGGAAAGCUGGGUUAAAAUGCCUCACCCAGUCACAGGGAUAACUAUGGGCACUGUUCCAUUGAAAUCCUUUUUGUAUUUUCAUUGUAAAUACCUAUAAAUACUUUGGAGAUCUAUCAAGCUGCACUGCACAGUGGUUUGCUUCUGUUUUUUGCUCUUGCAUUGUUACUGUGAAGACCUGUUUACUAAAUGAUUUAAGUGUGCAAUAAAAGCAAAAAUUGAGGACAAA